CAACAUGAUUGGUUAACUACGGCAGGAUGCCAUGUGUUUGAAGAGUAUUUAUCGUGUUGGAUGUCAGACGUGGUAGAUAGUUAGUGUUAUUCGUUUCGAUGUCUUGUUUCGACAUCAGUUUUAAAAUAAUUAAGUGAAAUGAGGCCAAUAGAUCAUCUAUGUGGUGUGAUCUUUGCAUGUUUUAUCUGCACUGUUGUCUUAAUAAAAGUGGGCGUGGCCAGUGAAGACAGAAUCGUUAGUCCCAAGAAGACCCGGGUAUGGGGACCCGGUUUGAAGUCCGAUUUCUUCGUUCCUGUGAGAUAUUUUUACAUACAUGCUGUAGACGAAUCUGGUGAAAAAUUUAUAGAAUCGGUGGGUGAGAAAGCCUUCUCGGUGAGCACGUAUUCAUCCGAUGGUUCGCGGGUUCGUAUUUGGACGCAGGUUCUCGACCGACACGAUGGGUCAUACAUUGUCCGCUUCAGACCAUACGAGACCACCACCAGUCUCAUAAUAGACGUUCUGUAUGGUGGGAAACACGUGGCCAAAUCUCCCUACACCUUGAAGGGACCUGUGUAUCAUGAAAAGUGUUCGUGUCCCCAGCCGGACAUCGGUCAGUUCUACAAACAGCUGGACUGUCCGAAGAGCUACCAACAGAUCAAGCAGGAUCUUGGGAUAUUCAAGAAGAUAGACAUGAAAAAAGUUGCCAAAGAGGCCGUAAAACGCUUCAACAAUGCUGGUGCCCACAGUAUUUGUCAUUACAAAGUCAUCAAUAACAAGAUAUACCGAAAGACCUACGGCCAACAUGUGGGGUUUAAGAUGUUUGUGGAUAAUAUACUCGUAUCAAUAGUUAAAAAGGUGAAGCUGCCAAAUGUAGAGUUUAUAGUCAAUCUCGGUGACUGGCCUCUGGAGAAGAAGAAACUCAGUGAAAACCCAUUACCCAUUCUGUCAUGGUGCGGUUCAGAGGAUACGCGGGAUAUCGUCAUGCCAACUUACGACAUCACUGAAGCUACUCUGGAGAUGAUGGGCAGGGUAUCGUUAGACAUGUUUUCCGUCCAGGCGAACACCGGACCGCCUUGGAGCGAGAAGUCCGACGUUGCGUUCUGGCGUGGUCGGGACAGUCGUCAGGAACGUCUUGACUUGGUGGUGAUGUCACGCAACCAUCCAGAAACCAUCGACGCCGCGCUCACCAACAUGUUCUUCUUCAAGAAAGAACCAGAGAAAUACGGAGAACUUGUGAAACACAUUUCAUUCUUUGAUUUCUUUAAGUACAAAUACCAGAUAAAUGUGGAUGGGACGGUUGCAGCAUACCGACUGCCGUACUUGUUUGGUGGUAAUUCACUGGUGUUGAAACAAGACUCCCACUACUAUGAACAUUUCUACCACCAUCUGAAGCCGUACGAACACUACAUUCCGUUCAGACAUAACCUCAGUGAUCUCAUGGAGAAGGUGCAGUGGGCACGGGACCACGACAAAGAGGCUCAAGAAAUAGCAAAAGCUGCACAAAUGUGGGUUCGACAGAAUCUAAAUCCAGCUGAUAUAUUUUGUUACCAUGUUAAGUUAUUUCACGAAUACUCCAAACUGCUGAAGAACAAGGUGGAAGUUGACAAAAGUUUUGAAGAGGUGGAGAUUGCCAAAGAUUCCGAGUCACAGUGCGACUGUAAACCAUAUAAAAAAGUCAAAGGUCAUGAUGAGUUAUAGUCAACUGCAGAUGGGUGCAUACAAAACCUGUGAAUAUGUGUACAACAGUUUUUAAAUUAUUUAUAUCAUACAAUAUUUUGUGUGAAAGUGCAUCAACGACUUAUUAUUUUGUGACAUGUUUUUAGCAGUUUUCUGUGUGACUUUCUGCUAUGUUGUUAUAAAUGAAUCUCGCAAACAGAGUACUAGUAUUUUAAUUUAAAGAUAAAUUCUGUGUCCACUUUAAAAAUAUAUAUAUAAAUAAAUAAAAAAUAAAUAAAUAAACUAAAAAGAAAUAUUAUUAAAAAUAUCACAUUUUAUAUGUACAUUACAGUUACAAUUACAAGUAUUUUAAUUUAAUUUGGCAGCAGUCAGCAGGGUAGUGUUAAAAUCAUUUAUUGCUAGUUUGUGUUUAUUGAUUUUAAACAGGCAAAAAUAUUAGUUUUAGCCAAAUACCAAAUUUUUUAAAGUAGCAAAAACUACAUUUAUAAAAAUAAAUAAAAAAACAUUUGCUGAAUAUAAAAUGAUUUAACCAGACUGACUGAAAAUUGUAUACCUUAAUUGCGUUAAACUUUUUAAUGUUAGGCGUGGCUGUUCACCAAGUUCAAAAUGAGAAACUUGUAAACAUUUCCCUGCUAUUGGAGCACAUUGAUUAAUUAAAAGUUUAAAGUUUGUUUUGUUUAACGACACCACUAGAGCACAUUGACUUAUAAAUCACCAGCUAUUGGAUGUCAAACAUUUGGUAAUUCUGACAUA